AUGAAAGUUGCGGCAAAUAAAGAUCCGAGUGGCGAAUUGGUGAGAAUCGUUUUCAGAUCUGUGAGUUCUUAAUAGAGAAAUUUUGCGGCCAAUUUUUGACCUACAGUAACCCUAAUUUUUGGCACGAAAAAUUCUUCAAGCCGACACCAAUUUCGGCACAAAAACUUGAAAUGCAGUAUCUGAAAAUUUUGAUGCCAAAUGUGGUGUCAUUUUAGAGCAAACUUUCACGCAAAAUUUCAAUCUACAGUAAUCCCGGCCCGAUUCCUCAGUUUCUAUUCGAAAUAUCUCAAAAUUCCAUUUUCAGAUCGAUGAAGAACAAUUUGCCAAAAUGUUAGCCGAACUCGGUAUCAAAUCAACAUCUGAUCAUGCUUUUCAAAAUUAUCAGUUAGUUUUUUCCCUUUCUCUAAAUUUUUCCUCAAAUUUUCAUUUUUCUCAAUCAUCCUCUCUAACAAACCAAUCUACUUCAUCGAAGAUAUAUUCUAUCUCCAAAGUGUUAACGAACACUAAAAUAUAUUAUAAAAAUAUGCUAAAGCACCUGUAUAAGUUCAAAAAGUAAACAGCGAGAAGUUUCAGAUUCUCAAUUUUCUGAGCUCCACCAGAAGUUGAGCAGCUGAUGUGUGUGUUUUCCCAAAAUACCACAACAACAGUUUGGGAACAAUUCACAUGCACAAUAAUGUGUGAUAUUUUCUGAGCGUCCUACUCUCGCUUGGUGUAUUCCACCACAAACCAAUUUCUGUGUUUCUUUGAUGUUGGUCAUUUUCUUGAUCCUCCGCAAAUAUCUAAACUUUUUUACGAAGCCAUUUGCCAGAGAAAUUGAAGAAGAAAAAGAAGAGCCUCCGAUUAAAAAAUUGCCAUUCGAAGUUCUUGGAGCAAUUUUCGAAAAGGUAAGAUUUCAAAUGAUUUGUGAUUUUUCCAAUUGAAAUGAUUUUCAGCUUGAAUACGAAGAUGUUCAAAAUUUGAAAAACUCAUCAAAGUUUCUAUUCGACGCUCAUAAAUUAGAACGUCGGAAGAUUGCUGGUCCAAAAUGUGAUGCCAAUGUGUAUUAUAACAAAAAUAAGGAACUUCGAUUAGAAAUAACAAUUUUCGUUGAAGUUCCAUGGAUAAGAAUACUUCCAUUCAAAAGAACAAUUGAAUUGAAAAGAACUAUUCCAUUUGAUCAAUGGAAUUAUUAUUUCAAAAAUGCAGAAUGUGAAAUAUUUAGUAUGAUUGUAGAAGAAGAUGAAAUUCCAUUUGAAAUUUUGAAGAAAAUUCUUUGCUGUAAAUCGAUCGAUAUUUUGACCUAUUCAGGAAAAACAAUCAAUCAAAUGUCUAUUGAUCUUCUUGCUGCAUAUAAUUAUCAGCAUUUUGAAAUUGCUGUUAAUCGUUGGAGUUUCAUAAUAUCGCAAAAAAAUGUCAACGAAACAUGGGUUUUGAUUGAAUGGUUUGAAAAUAUUGAUGACAUUUUUGAAGCAAUCAAAUUCACUUAUGAUUCGAUUAUUAGUUUACACCCGGAAAUUUAUGAAAAAAACGAGGAUUCUUUUAUGGUGAGUUUCACAGCUAAAAAAGGAAAUACAAUUCAGUUACGAACGUUUUAA